AUUAAAUAAAGAUAUAUUUAUUUUUAAAAUGGUAAUGAAUAUCAAAAUUAAUCAUGCUAGGGAGUCGACGCAUAUAAAAAGACAAGAGUAUAAAGAAAUGUUUAAAGAAAAGUAACAUCAACUAACCUCUAUUUGAAAUUAUUGAUAAAGGUAAUAAUUAAUGAAUUAAUCAUAGUUAUAUAAAUUCUUAGCUAGAAGAACAGAUUCCAAUUUCAAUGCAACAAUUUUAAGAAGACUUUAAUAAACUAGAACAGCUAGAUAUCCCAUUAGUGUAAGCAGACUUGUCAAAUAAAUUAAUACUGCUAAAGAUAAGACAAGAACAUUAGUUGUUGUUGGCACUGUUACAGAUGAGUAAUUAUAUACAUCAUACCUUUAGUGUACGUCUUCUUACUGUUCCUAAACUUAAUGUUUGUGCUCUUAGAUUCACUGAGACAGCCAGAAAGAGAAUUCUUGCAGCUGGUGGAAAAACAUUGACUUUUGAUUAAUUAGCACAAUAAAAUCCAACAGGUAUGAUAAUAAAUAAAUUAAUUCAAAGGCACUGGAACAAUAUUAUUGAGAGGACCAAGAGUUAGAGAAGAAUUAAAACAUUUNUGUUUUCAAUUAUACAAUUUACAUAAAUAAUUGGACUAAUAUCAUAUCUCUACUUCAAAUAACAAUAACAUUAUGUGCUUUUUGUAACAAAUGAUAAAAAGUAAUUUACUUGAUUUAUAAAUACAUCUAAAUUAUAACUAAUAAGUAAGAUAAACCAAUUAAUUAUUUUAAUUGUAAUGAUU